AUGGUAAGCAAUCGUAUUCGUCGUCCCGCGGACAGCGGUGUAGCAACCGCUGUUGCCUCAAUCAUACAGCACCAAAAGUUCAAAAAGAUGCUCAUUUUUGGACUUCGGUCUCUGGCAGAUUUGUGCAGCCCUUCGUUACAACUGUUUGUUGAGAACUCUCUGGAUGCCUUGGACAAGAAUGUUGUCCCUGGAAUACUCACCGCGGUUGAAAAUUUUAGUGACGAUGAGGAUAUAACUUUAUGUGCAUCCCAGAUUUUGUCCGCAAUGGCAUGUGGAUGUGUAGAGGAAAAGGAUAAUCCAGCCAUCGUCAAGAAGCUGCUAAAUGAUGGCGGUUUGAAGGCUAUUGAGAAGAUUUUAAGCACUAGCCCCUCGGAUGAACUAACAUUGGAUCACUGUUUCACAUUCAUAGACAAGCUAUCAACCCUUGGGUCGAUUCCAAAUGGAGGACUUCCUAUCAUUCCCAAUAUCUGCAAAGCAUUGGAUAACGUAUCUUCUGCGGAUGUUGCCGGUAAAGCAAUGUUAUGUUUUUGCUUUUUCGCAAAAUCAGGUGCAGGAUCAGUUGCCAUUCGGGAUAAUGGAGGUAUAAAGGGUCUGCUUACUGUCUGUGUAGCACUUUCCUCUGAUUCACAAAUUAUUCCAAUUGUAGAAAAUUGUUUUAAGGCUCUCAAGAGCAUUGCUGAUUUAAAGGUUUUGGAUGAUACAUAUUUGGAAAUGAUCAUCACCCUUGUUGAAAUAUGCAAGAGUUCAAAACUUGUGAUGAACCGUGCGAGUGAUAUUAUCAAGGCUGUUGUGAGUACUGAAAAGUUACAGCAGAGUUUAACAGGUUUACAAAAAUAUGAGCCAGGUACCCAAGAACACAAGGUAGCUGUGAAUACAUUAAAGUCUCUAUCAUAUAUUACCACUAUUGCUGACGAGCUUGCGAAAGCAAAUGGAAUUCCUCUAUUAAUUGAUUUAAUACAAAAUACAGUUCCAAAGUUGGCAUCACAUGGAGCUGAUAUAGCAGACGUAAUUUGUGGAGCUUCUAGGAUGCUUGCAGGAAUAUCAUCUAAUUAUGGUAAGGAAGUUAUUGAACAUUCCGGCAUAAAGACCCUAGUUGCUGCACUGGCAGCAACUAUUGAGUAUCCGUCAUCAGUAAGUGCUAUAUCUGACGCACUAGCGUCCUUGCUUCGUUGUGGUUGUGAACCGUUUUUGAAUCACAAUGCUAUAGGAGUUGCCUUACCAAUUCUCUAUCAGCUUUCUGAAAACGCAACUGUUGCAUCAUCGCUUAUGAACUUUGUUUCUGCUGCCUCUCAGUUCCCUGAAUUGCAUUCAGAAUUUGUAGAAAACAAGGUCAUAGAAAUACUUUCUACUUGUUGUCAAUACCAUGUUAAUAAUUUGGCGUAUCACAUGAAUACUAUUCAAGUUCUUAACCGUUUCUCAUCAUAUGUUAAAGACUUGUCCACCGUUUAUGAGUAUGGAGGUUUGCAAGGUAUAGCAAUAUCUCUAGCAUUUAACUACAAAGAUCUAAAAUAUUGCCUUGAAACAUUGGAUCUUUUGCUAACAUUUGCAGCAACCCCUGGAGCUCAACAGUACAUGACUAGUGGUGAUACAUUGGUCACAGAUUCUAUAUUAGAACUUAUGAUAUUCCAUAGGGAUAAUGCAUUGGUUAUUGAUCGCUCAGUUAAGGUUCUUGAAAUUUUGGUUGUGGAUGAAGAUGUAAAGAGAUAUAUGUCCGGGUUGACUAUAGCGCUUCCAAAUGCACGGGAAGACGUUGAAGGUACUUAUCGUAAACUGGCAGCUGUAACUGGCCUCUACCGUAUAGCUCGCUUACGCCCAUCAAUAGCUGCACACAGUGUACUGCCUCAAAUUAUGAAGACAGUAUCUUCAUGGGUUGAAGGAGCCCAGUUUGAAGGCAGAACUAUGUUAACCAGAGCUGCACUUCAGACUACUCUUUUAUCAUCCGAAGAUGGGAACGGUUGUCAAGCAAUGAUAACUACUGUUUCUGAUCUAGCGUGCUUAUCCCAGGUUAAGAGGAUUAUAGAUUUGGAAAACGUAGAGGACAAUUUCUUACUUCAUUGUACCUUUGCUUUGAAGCAACUUUGUUCUGUUGAACGUUCAUAUGCUCCAGAGCAAUGUGUAGAAACUGUAGAGGCUGUAAGCCGUGUCAUGCGCAAGUACAGUGAUAUCCGCCAAGCUGAGAUGGCAUGUAUUGAAGCUAUUUCGAAUUUUAUCAAGGUUACUGGAAAGAUUGGUCUGGAUGCUCUCAUAUCUACAGGAGCUCUCGCUGGUAUUGUGAGUUAUCUUACAAAGGUUCCAAUGUAUCUCAACUGUCAAAUUCUCGGUAUAUCCCUUUUAUGUACAUGUGCUCAGAUGGAUCCGAGCGCAGUGGAGUGCUUGAAAAAGUGCAACUGUUUCCAGCUUUUACGUAUAGUAAAUAGAACCCACACCAGAAAUAGGAGAUUGAAGACGAUGGUUGGAAUGUUGCUUUCUAUGCUCAUGCCAGCUGAUGCCUUGGAGACUGAGUUAUCACAACUAUUUGCAGAUUUAGAGAAUUAUAUGUCUGCAAAGGACUUUGAGGGUGUACAUACAACAUUAGUGUCCAUAAACCAACUCUUGGUAUCAAAAGAGGCUAUAAGGAUUUCAGCAAGGUUAAAUAUUGGUGAUCAUCUUACCAAGGCAUCUAGUUGGAUAAUUGCAAAUGUCAAACUAGCGGAUAAGGUUGCAGUUCAUGAGGAGGGGGAUUUAACUGGAAAAGAUUUGGUAGAUUCUGUACUUUAUGAGUUGGCUCAAGUAACAUUGAACAUGUGUCAGACUAGGAUCGGUCUAGUGUAUUGCACAAAGAUGAAGUUUCCUUGCAUUGAUUUGCAUGUUUUUUCAAAUUUGAAGGGUAAAAUAUCACCAUAUAUGGAAGAUGCAGCUGUAGCAUCUUUGGAUGCUCUUACACUCCUUUUUAGCCAUGACAAACUCAAUAUAGAUGUUGCACUUUCUGAAGACAUAUUUUCCAAGAUUUGCCAAAGCUUAUCCAUCUUUUUGGACUCUCCGGGAGUAAUUCGUAGCAUAUGCAAGUGUAUAGCCUCUCUCUGCAGCACUCCUGGUAGGAUUGAAAAACUUGUUACCGACAAAGAUUUUGUUGCCUUUUCUAAUAAGCUUGUCUCUGUUUUGCAGGAAGAUUCAGUACCUGUCAAACUCAAUUCUCUGGCAGCUCUAUAUGAAUUACUUAAAACCAAGGAUGAUUGUCUUCUUGAUUACUUCUCUUCACAAACUUGCAUAAUUACAUCACUGAUACACGUUUUGGAAAUGAAUGCUGAUAACGCUGAGUUGGUAAAACUGGCUUCAGAAUGCCUGGGAUACUUUGGUAAAAAGAGGCUUUUAUCUAAGAUUCCAGAACUUGUGCUUGUUUUGGAUCAUGUAUCAAAGGCUAUGAAUUUGCACAAGUGCGAAGAGUCCGUGGUGCUUCCGCUUUUGAAAUUUUUGGUUGAAUUGAUUUGUAAUGAGAAUAAGGAUUUGUUCAAGCAGAGUGGUAUAGUGAAUGUGAUAUCCAGUGUAAUGAUGAUUCAUGUUGGAAAUGAUGAAAUUGCGCAAUUGGGUGGUAUCUUGUUCGGAUACCUCGGUGCAGAAUGUCAAAUUAGGGCUCUCAUGCGCAAUGUUAUUGAAGUUGUUGAAAAGAAAGAAGAUACCAUGCCACAAGAGGUUGAUAAAUUGUGUACGAAUUUGGCUAUAUACUUACUUUCUCCUCUUGAAAAUAGAGAAGAGGCUUUGGCAGAAACUGAAAAGUUUUUGUCUAGCGUCAACACUUGUAUGGCAUAUGCAGCUGAUAACCAAAAUUUAAUGGUUAGCACUACGUGUGUAUCUAGAAGACUUUGUGAUUCUGCAUUUGACGAUUACGAAGAUCAAUUUGGUGCAUGGGCAGUGGGAUCCUCUAGCAACUUAUCCCAGAUUGCUGCUAUAGUAAACACUGAUUUUGGUGCAUGUAAUAUGAAAUUUUUGUGUCACGCAUAUCGUGUUUUUUCAGCCUGUGCGGUUAAUAUUUAUACAACAGAUUUGAUGCAAACUGAGGCAACUAAACUUAUGGCUAGAACAUUUGAGCUUUUGGAACGCUAUAAGGCAAAUCCUGAUCUAACUCAUGCUAUUUUGGACUUUUUGUUAUAUCUCUCUAAAUCACCUCUUUCUUCUGGUAACCAGGAAAAUAGCGGUUCAGGGGUUAUUUUGGGUCAAGCAAAGCUAUUAAAUGUUAAUGUUGUGACAAAACUCAUUGAUUCAAUGACAAAUAACAAAUCACUUGAUUCUGUAGUUGUUCCCGCUAUGAAUCUACUCUCCCAACUUGCAAGUUGUUCAUCUGAACUCCCGAGGGAUUCUGUCAACGAUGCACUUGACGUAUGUGACCGUUUGUGUAUAGGUGAAGUCUCUGAGGAGCGUAAACAAGCCUAUAUUGGCCUUGUAAUUAGCCUAUUAAAGAAUGGAUACAUUAAGGAUAGUAAGCACAUUGAUGCAAUUUGCAUGAUGAUAACCUCUGGUGGGUGCGAAGGUAUUACCGCUCUGCAAUUUAUUGCUGCCGCAGCGGCCGGGGGAUUUUUGAAGAUUCUAGAGAAACUUGGAGUUAUUAAAAAGCUUUCGGAUAUGUUAGAUAGUAAUUCAUGCCAGGAUAAGGACUUUGUUUUGGCUUUACUUGCAGCUCUCGAUAAAAUGGUGGAAGCAGAUCCAGAGAAUUCUGCCGUAGUAUUGAAGAGUGCACUACCUCAACUCUUACAUCCUGCGACUAUACUUCUCAAGGACGCAGAAGCAGCUCAUGCGUUCUUGGACUUGCUUGCAAAAGCAGCAAAGACCGAGGGAGUAGGUCGUAUACUCAAUAGCAUAAAGGAUCUCUUUACAAUUUUAGGAGGAAUUAAGGAAUUUGCAAAAUCUGUGUCUGACUCUGAGUUGGAAAAGAAGGUUAUUCAGGUUAUGGAGGCUAUUAAAAGCGAUUUACCUAAAAAGAAAACUUGUCAAACAGUGUAUAUAAGCCUAGAGGCAAAGAAACAGGAUGGAGCCUCAAUAAAUGCAGCAGAAACACCACUUUUGGUGGAAGAUAUCAGGUUUUUAGUGACUACCAUGGAGGGAUAUGUAUCUAAAACACUAUCUUAUGACGAUGAAGAUGGAUUAGACCACACGUUUGGUUCCAUGUCAAUUGAACUUUUGUCCAAAGUAUCUGACAAUGGUAAAAUUUUGGUCGAUAUUGGAGCUCCAGCUGUUAUGCUUAAGGCUCUUUCAACACAACGAGAUUUAAAAAUUCUAAACGCUACUACCUCUGCAUUAUGUUCAGCUUGUCUUAACGCUACCUUUGUGGUUUCGUUGGUUUCAAAUAAGGCGUCUUUGUCUGAAAUUUCCAAAUAUCUAGCAAAGUUGCAUGCAAAGGACGGUAUUAUUGUACCUCCUCCAACACAGGACUCUACUACAAAUGUUUUGGAAUUGGCUUUAAUAAAUGCUCUAAUGUUGGUUGAAAAUAGUGCGGUAAAUAGGCGCAUUUAUCUAAAUUCAGAUGUAAUCAACGUGGUUGUAAAAAUUUGGGACGCUUAUGAUGCUAAAGAGUACACAGCAUUGCGUUUACUUCGCCAGAUAUUUAGGACUUUACGUAAGAUUGUAGCAGAAGAACAUCUGGACAUAAUGUUGAGAUGCCGUAUGGUUAGCAGAAUAAAGACCAUAUUUUCAGAGUCUAAGGAUCAUUCUGUUAUUCCAGAUGCACUCUUCUUGGUUGGAAGUUUGGCUGUUGUUCCUACAAUGAAGAAUCAAAUUUAUGAAGAAAAGCUGUUGGAUAGCAUCAUAGAACUUGUACAACGCCAUUUGGCUGAAACUAACGAUUCUACACAUGCUAUCGUUACAAAUGCAUGUUUGGCUCUCGCAAACAUUUGUGUAGAAACAAAAGUGACCUCUGAACGUUUUAUUCAAUUGAAUGGACCAAAGUACAACGUAGAUGUUUUGACGAAAUUUAAGGAUGUACACGAAGUUGUAAAUGGUGGUAGUAUUUUACUUUGCAAUUUGCUUUACAAGAAUGAUACUUUGAAGGAGUUAUAUGGUAAAAAUGGCGCACCAGCUGCACUCGUGAAUUGUCUAACCACGUUUGCAAGUUCUUCUGAUGAACUUUCGAUGCGUUGUAUAGAAACUUUGUUCAAGGCUAUUUCUAACUUGGGGCUUUACGCAAAGAAUGUUUCCUUUUUCCUUGAUGCUGGCGUACAUAACAGUUUCCAGGUUUGGCUAAGUCACUUGGAUGCUGGUUAUCCAGAUGCCAAGCUGAAAAUUGGCUUGCAAACUUUAUCCAAUCUGGUCAUGGAAAACAAGGUUGAAAAUAUGACAGCAUUUGGUAUAGUGCAGACUCCCAUUUUGGGAAUUUUAACUCAGGAACGUGUUGAUGGUAAGGUAAUGUUCCUAUUGCUGGAUAUCUUAUCUUCGCUUUGUCGUUUUGAAGCAAAUUGCAAGGCUUUUUUGGAACAAGACGGUUUAUAUCUCACUAUGAGGACGAUGAGAAGGAUGAAUUAUGAUAUAGAAAUUCUCAUUGCUGGCCUACAUUUGCUUGGUGUUCAAACCCAGGUAGAAGGAGGAGUUGUAAAGUUGCUAGAAAUGAACGCAUAUUCUCUAUUAUUAGACAUUUUGACAUUUGAGGGACAAGGUUCUGAAUUAAAUGAAGUUUUGGUAGCAUCCCUAAGAUGUAUGCGUAGACUUAUCACAAGUGCAGAAAUGGUGUAUCUCCUUUGCAGCCAGGAUGGCCUCAAGACCAUAAUAAAUUUGGCGGUGAAGGCAGAAUCACAAUCUUCUGUAAUAAUUGAGUGCUGUCGUCUAUUGCUUGGUAUGUUGGCUUUAACUGGUGGAACCGCUGAAACAGAUGCACCAGCUUGGGAGAAUAUUGGACUCGAACGUGAUAAUAUAGACGCUAUAAUUAGGGUGAUUUGUUUCACUUCUGGAAUGGAAAAUGCGAAAAAAAUGGCCAGAUUGCAAAGAAUUUUGAUGAGUGUUGUUUGUUACUUUUUGUCUUGUGGCAUUGGAGGUGAAGCCCUUGCAGUCAAUGGGUUUUCUGGCAUUUUGGAAUCGUACCUUGCCAACUUUGGAACUUCCUAUAGAAAUUUUAUUGUUUCUACCGUGACUUUGGAAAAUGUAUUCCUGUUAUCCACUGAUUUGCGUAAUAAUAUUGUAACCAGAGAUGUUAUAAAAAAGUACAAGGACGCAGUUGGAUACCUUCCUGUCAAGAAACCCGAAGAAAAGGCGUUUAAGGAGAGGUGCCAAAAGUUGCUUGAUGCUCUUUCCUCUUCUAGUGAAGACGUUAAGCUGGAGUCAACUGGUAAAUUUGACUUUGGUCUUUCUGGUUGGAGCGUGGACCCAUAUCCAAAUGGAACUCAAGACCUUCCUGAGGCAUCUAAGGAUGCGUUAAGAACUGGGGGUCGAUUCAAGGCAUUUUUGGAUGAAAAUGGUCCCCGUGUUGGUGUUAGAUGGCGAUCAACUCAGGAUCUUAACUUUCUUGAAUGGGGACGCGAAACGGAGGAGUUUCCGCAUCGUUUCCCUAUUUUACGUAUUAGAAAUAUUGCACGCGGCUUGAAGCAUCCUCUACUAGAAAAGGCGAACGCCAAACAGCCAAGAAAGGUGAAUGCGCAAAAUUGUUUCUGUAUCAUUGCAUCUGCUACAGAAGAGUUCCCAGAUGGGUGUACAAUACCUGUAAAGUGCAAGACACUUAAGGAGAGAGAAGCACUUGUUGAACUUCUAAUUCAAUGGAGAGAUGCUGCAUCUUACAAUUGA